UCGUGUGUGUCUGUUUUUCUCAAGUCGCCUCAACGAUGUGCAACGCGUAAUUUUCGCCAGCCCAGUGAUUGGAAAAUUCAGCAUCCACAAACCCUGUUCGUCCGAAAUACUAUGGCCAUAUCGCUGUUGCAGUGGAAACAAGUGGUUAAAAUUGGAGGCUCCCGCGAGAAUUGCUACCAUUCGCCGAUUGUUAUCCGCUACUCCGACCGUGAACUAGGCAGCGACUAUUGAUAUCCCACCACUACUGAACGACUGCGAAUUUUCAAGGUCAUCCAUCGCAAACUAACCGAAGGGAAAUGGAGUCCACCGGAGACGCUGGCAAGGAGGACGACGACGAGAGUUCGUCCUCUUUGAUUGUGCCGGAAAGGAGGAAAAGCUCCGAAAAUAUCACAUCGGCUUUGAACGAGUUCCGCGUAAAAUGGCAGCAAGAACUGAAGCAGGAUGUCCCCAGUGGAAGUAGCUCUGGUUCGAAAGAGAAAGCUCGUCCUAACCACGCAGCUGUUGCAACCGAUAAGGAGAAUUUUUCGAUCGAGCAACAGGCGCGAGCUUUAUUUUUGCAAGGUUCUGAUCUGGAACACACAGGGAAGGUCUUCGAAGCGAUGCGGCUCUACCGGAAGGCAGUGCAAUUGGUACCUGAUAUCGAAUUCAAAAUCUACGACAUCACAAAGCAGCAGGGUCCCAGCGGGAGCAAGGAGCAGUCAAUGGAAAAUCUAUCCGAAAGUUUGAUCAAGGCCAGUUUGGAAGAUAACGAGAAUUUGGAAAACGUUGACCUGGUGUUACGCUUCCAAACUAUGCUGGCCAAAUCGGGCAGGUUGUUCGAAAGUGCUUCGGCUGCUGACAGGAUGCUGAUUGUGACGUCGGCUCACUUCUCGGAUCUGCCGAUGGAGGUGAUUUUGUACAUCCUGAAGUGGGUCGUUUCGAGCGAGUUGGACCUCAAGUCGAUGGAACGAUUCGCAAGGGUUUGUCGUGGAUUCUACCUACUGGCCAGGGAUGCCGAAAUUUGGAAACGCGCUUGCGUGAGGAUAUGGGGUGUCAACGUUGGCCACCUUAAGGGAUCGCCAUUCACAACGUGGCGCGAAAUGUACAUCAAUCGACCUCGUGUGCACUUCCACGGGUGCUACAUUAGCCGCACCAGCUAUCUACGAUAUGGAGAGAACAGUUUCCAGGAUCAAUUCUACCGACCGAUGCAGCUGGUCGAGUACUACCGAUACUUUCGAUUCUUUGCCGAUGGGAAGGUUUUGAUGCUGACCAGUGCCGACGAGCCGCAGAUGUGCGUUGGCAAGCUUAAGAAUCGCUUUGCGAUGCAAAACGAGAUCCUACAUGGUCACUACAGGCUGCAUAACGAUGAAGUGAUCAUAGCAGUGCAGCGCAAACGGUCCAACGUGCAAAGCCAGCGUCCGGGACGCAAGCAGGAAAUCGAAGUGGAAUGUAGUCAGCAGACGUUCUACCUUGAGCUGAACAUUGUGAGCACCGCCAAACGGGCCUUCUCGCAGCUGCACUGGAAGCAAUACUCGAUGGUACAACUGCGUGAUGACCAGGAAAAGACUACUGCCUUCGAGCUGGCACCCAACAAAUAUCCGCCGCUGUUCUUUUCGCGCGUGAAGAGCUACCACCAGGAGUCGGACGGUCCUCUUAAGUAGAACUCGCAUCCCGCAGCUACAAACUGCAACAAAUUGAUAGUCAUUGAUAACUCUUGUUUGUCUUGUUUAUCGUAAAUGGUUUAUUUUCUACAUUGUUCGUCUAAGCUAUUUACUGCACAAGCAUAGUGGCAUAAUGCAGUGGUAAUAAAACUUUUUAAACCUAAUGUGAUAAAAUAAAA